GUGUGUGAAUGACAACCUUUCAUGUACAUCUUUCAGCUCUUCGUUAUCCUCAGAGGUGGAAUCGGAGCACACAAGAUUGGCGAAGCUUUCUCUGGAGCCUGGGUUGGAAGGCACACCCAUAGGGAUGUAAGGGAGAAGGGGCGGAAGGAGGUGGAAGCAAGUAAGCACCAUAGCUCAGCCAGCACCACGGUCUUUCCAAGUUGGCGUCUAAGAUGAUCAUCACACAAAUGUGUCUCCUCUACAGUACCAGCUUUGGGCUUCUUUUCCUGAUUAGUAUUCUCCCUGCAACCACCGGCCAAGGGGAAUCAAGACGGCAAGAACCUGGAGACUUUGUGAAGCAAGAUAUUGGAGGCUCUCUGACUUCAGCCCGUGACCCCAAGGCAACUUCUGCCAACAUGAAUAAUGGUCUGCCCUUAUCAUUCAGUUCCUUUAGUGGCAUGGAACGAUAUUCAAGUCUGUCUCCUAAGCAUCCAAAUAUUCCUGAAGACAGCACUGACAACAUCACUAUCUUCACCCGGAUCUUGGAUCGCCUUCUGGAUGGCUAUGACAACCGGCUGCGACCUGGACUUGGAGAUGCAGUGACUGAAGUCAAGACCGAUAUCUACGUGACAAGUUUUGGCCCCGUGUCAGACACUGACAUGGAGUACACUAUUGAUGUGUUUUUUAGACAGACUUGGCAUGAUGAAAGACUGAAAUUUGAUGGCCCCAUGAAGAUCCUCCCACUGAACAAUCUCCUGGCUAGUAAGAUCUGGACGCCUGAUACCUUCUUCCACAAUGGCAAGAAAUCAGUGGCUCAUAACAUGACCACACCCAACAAGCUGCUGAGACUGGUGGACAACGGGACCCUGCUCUACACAAUGAGGUUAACGAUUCAUGCCGAGUGCCCCAUGCAUUUGGAAGAUUUUCCCAUGGAUGUGCAUGCUUGCCCACUGAAGUUUGGAAGCUAUGCCUACACAACAGCUGAAGUGGUUUAUUCUUGGACUCUUGGCAAGAACAAAUCUGUGGAAGUGGCACAGGAUGGCUCUCGCCUGAACCAGUAUGACCUGUUGGGCCAUGUUGUCGGGACAGAGAUAAUACGGUCUAGUACAGGAGAAUAUGUCGUCAUGACAACCCACUUUCAUCUCAAGCGAAAAAUUGGCUACUUUGUGAUCCAGACCUAUUUGCCAUGUAUCAUGACUGUCAUUCUGUCACAAGUGUCUUUCUGGCUCAACAGAGAGUCUGUCCCUGCACGCACGGUCUUUGGUGUCACCACUGUGCUCACCAUGACCACUUUGAGUAUCAGCGCCAGAAAUUCCUUACCUAAAGUGGCGUACGCGACGGCCAUGGACUGGUUCAUAGCCGUCUGUUAUGCCUUUGUGUUUUCUGCGCUGAUCGAAUUCGCCACUGUCAACUACUUCACCAAGCGGAGCUGGGCCUGGGAAGGCAAGAAGACUCCAGAGGCCCCGGAGACAAAGAAGAAAAUGCCAGCAGCUCCAGCUAAGAAAGCGAGCACCACCUUCAACAUCGUGGGGACCACCUACCCCAUCAACCUGGCCAAGGAAACCGAGUUCUCCACCAUCUCCAAGGGCGCUACUGCCAGUGCUUCCUCGACUCCGACCAUCAUCGCCUCGCCCAAGGUCACCGUCGUGCAGGACAGCCCAACCGAGACCAAGACCUACAACAGUGUCAGCAAGGUUGACAAAAUCUCUCGCAUCAUCUUUCCCGUGCUCUUUGCCAUAUUCAAUCUGGUCUACUGGGCCACCUAUGUGAACCGGGAGUCGGCUAUCAAGGACAUGAUCCGCAAACAGUAGGUAGUGGAGGUGGCACAGCAACCAGAGCACCGUAUACCCCACAAAGCAUCUGGGCACCCAGCCCCAGGGCGCCCCUUAAUAUGUUUCAGGAUUCUUCUUUGUAAACCUCUCCCAAGCUGUGACUCUCAAUCCAAUUCACAUUUAUGAAUAUCCUUGAAAAAUAGCAACAGAGAAAGGCUGUAUCCCUCUGACACUUCGUAGCACACUCCCAUUAGGGUCCAGCACUGCCGUUUGUCUAGUUGCAUAUCUCAGCCUGCCAUGCUCUCGCAGCUGAGGGCACUGCAUGCAUUUUGUUACACUCUGCCCACUGCAGGAUGAACAGGAGACUCCACUCCCUGUCCUGGGAGCCUGGGCUAUUUGAGAAGCCCAGACUGAGGCGAAUUGUUCAAUCAUCCAGGUCAGAUGGUUCAGACUUCCCAGGGAGCCAGGCUGGGCUAUGCUGUAUGGUCUUGUACACCACCCCUCCUGCCUACAGCAGCACACUCUACCAGGCAUGAGAACAGGGAGCAAAGGCUGACAUGAGAAUUUUUCAAAGCUGGGAGAGAUGAGCAGGUCACUUCCCUGCCAAGGCAACCGGUCAUAUAAUGGAUGGGAUAGGAAGGGUGGGUAGUUGAGGAUUGGAGUCUGGCUCAAAACAAAGGUUCACUGGCAGGUGAAUAGUCAAACUCACUCUUCCAUAUCCCCUCCACUCCACACCCUUGUCCAGGCCCAGGCACUUUGCUGCCACAACAUCAGGGACUUCUGGUCCUGUGUCGUUGAUGAUGACGCUUAAGAGGAGUGACUUGGAGAUUCAUACACAUAUCUCUAGUCAAUUUUUGAGUCAACUACAUCAUUGGAUUUAUUGCCAAUUUUGUACCAUAUUAUGUACAGGCCAUUUGAUUUCACUUGUUCUUAAUGUGAGUAAAAGGGAGAGGUGUAAAUACAAAAAUGUUAUAAGGUAAAUAAACUGAGUCACAGAAGUUAGAAUAAUUUGCCUAGGCCCCUUACAAGUGUCUUCAGUGAACAACAGCCAUGCACCCCUUUCCCAUGGCCA